AAAAUGGGCUUUGAGAAGUUUAGUCCCCUCCUCCAGAAUUACGUACUUUUUGAUAGUGUCCAGUUACUUACUGUUGGUGCCUUAAAUUAUCUGAGUAGCUUGCUUCUGCCCUUUCUACUCAAAUCUGUAGCAUAAUACAGCCAGGACUUCAGUGACCGCUCAGCAUGCCUGACAGUGAAGAAAAUCUGAAGAAAAAAGCACUAGAUGAAAGUUUAGUGAACACCCAAGAAAACGUGGACACCAGUGGCCUGCAUAAGCAGCAGCGCAUUUCCAAAGAGUCCCUAAACCAUGCUCUGGAAAACCUGUACGUCGAGAAGGCAAAAAGUGAAGAUGAACUAUCCCCAGAGUCUUUGUGGACGACUUCUGCAGAUGGGCUGGUCAAGCUGCGGAUGGACCACACCUGCUCCCACACCCCCAUCACCGUCCACCAGAUGUUCAAAGAGGCGGUGGAGAAGUACAGCUCUCUGAAUGCCCUGGGCAGCAAGCGCAAUGGCAUGUGGGAAAAAGUCACCUAUUCCCAGUACUACCUGCUCUCCCGGAAAGCCGCCAAGAGCUUCUUGCAGCUCGGGCUGGAGCGAAUCCACAGCGUCGCCAUCCUCGGCUUCAACUCCCCGGAGUGGUUCAUCUCAGCAGUGGGCACCGUGUUCGCUGGUGGGAUUGUCACAGGGAUCUACACCACCAGCUCUCCAGAGGCCUGUCAGUACAUCGCUCAGGACUGUCGAGCCAAUGUCAUUCUGGUGGACACGCAGAAGCAGCUGGAGAAGAUAAUGAAGAUCUGGAAAAACUUACCACACUUGAAGGCGGUUGUGAUGUACAGGGAGUCAAUGCCAGAGAAAAUUCCAAAUGUGUACACGAUGGACGAAUUCAUGGAGCUGGGGACCGAGAUCCCAGAUUCUACCCUGGAUGACAUCAUCGACUCCCAAAAGCCCAAUCAGUGCUGUGUGCUCAUCUACACAUCGGGUACCACUGGCAGUCCCAAAGGCGUGAUGCUGAGCCAGGACAAUAUUACUUGGACCGCAAAAUUUGGCAGCCGCGCCGGGGACAUCCAGCCCGCCGAGGUUCAGCAGGAGGUCGUGGUCAGUUACCUGCCCCUCAGCCACAUAGCAGCCCAGAUCUAUGACCUGUGGACGGGCAUCCAGUGGGGAGCGCAAAUCUGCUUUGCCGAGCCUGACGCGCUGAAGGGAAGCCUGGUGAAUACACUGAGAGAAAUUGAGCCCACCUCACACAUGGGAGUGCCCAGGGUGUGGGAGAAAAUCAUGGAACGGAUCAAAGAGGUGUCUUCCCAGUCUGGAUUCAUCAAGAGGAAAAUGAUGCUGUGGGCCAUGUCCGUGACCUUAGAAAGAAACCUCAGCUGCUCCAGCAAUGACCUGAAGCCUUUCAUGAUGAGAUUAGCGGAUUAUUUGGUCCUGGCCAAGAUCCGCAAUGCCUUGGGUUUUGCCAAUUGCCAGAAGAACUUCUACGGGGCGGCCCCGAUGACCACGGAGACACUGCACUUCUUUCUCGGCCUGAACAUCCGCCUGUAUGCCGGCUACGGGCUCAGCGAAUCCUCCGGCCCCCACUUCAUGUCCAGCCCCUACAACUACAAGAUGUACAGCUCCGGGAAGGUGGUCCCCGGCUGCAAAGUCAAGCUGGUGAACCAAGACGCCGAUGGCAUCGGUGAGAUCUGCUUGUGGGGUAGGACCAUCUUCAUGGGUUAUUUAAACAUGGAGGAGAAGACGAAAGAAGCGGUGGAUGAGGAUGGCUGGCUCCACACCGGAGACCUGGGCAAGUUGGACAAGGAUGGUUUCCUCUACAUCACUGGAAGGCUCAAAGAGUUAAUCAUUACGGCUGGAGGUGAGAAUGUGCCUCCAGUACCCAUUGAGGAAGCAGUGAAGAUCGAGCUGCCAAUUAUUAGCAAUGCCAUGCUGAUUGGAGACCAGAAGAAAUUCUUAUCUAUGUUGCUGACUUUAAAGUGUACUCUGGAUCCAGAUACCUCGGAUCCCACGGACAUCCUGACGGAGCAGGCUGUCGAGUUCUGCCAGAAAAUUGGCAGUAGAGCCACCAGAGUGUCUGAAAUCGUAGGAGGGAAAGACGGGGCCGUUUACCAAGCUAUUCAAGAGGGCAUCGAGAGAGUCAACAUGAACGCAGCUGCCCACGCUUAUUAUAUCCAAAAAUGGACAAUUCUGGAAAGGGAUUUCUCCAUUUCUGGUGGAGAAUUUGGCCCCACGAUGAAACUGAAGCGACUUGCCGUUCUCGACAAGUACAAAGAUGAAAUCGAUUCAUUUUACAGAGAACCAAAAAAUUAAGUCUUGCCUGAUCGUCAUCAGACAUUUCAGACUCUGGGGAGUUGAGAACAGAUCCCGUGGAAUAUGGGCAACGAGAGAAGAAAUUCCCAGCAAGCUCGUGAGGUUGGCAGGGGCUCUCGGGUUACCCACGGUACGCUGGUUGGGACACCAUCUGCAUCUGAAAAUCUAAAGAGAGGCUUCAUCUGUAGAUAGUCUUAAUUCUCUUUGACUAAAUAUUGAAGUUGGUUACAGGAGGCCAUUUUGCACAAUCCCUUUGAUCACAAUGAUGAUGAUGGAGUUUCUUGGUCUUAAUUCUCGUUGGAGGUAAUGAAGUGCACGCCCACCUAACAUGAAAGGCAGGCUGUCUGUUUAGCGUGGCAAGGGCUUGUACUAAACGAUGUUGUAGGAAGAUUGGUCUUCUGUUAAAUUAACACCCGCUUUUUUGUUUUUGGUUUGCAAUGGCCCACUGUAGCUCAUACUAUGAUUACUAGUUAGUGCUCCUGUAAAGGUGAUUAGAUGUGAUUAAAUAUUUAAUAAUGGUCCUGUGUUAAUGUUCACAAAUAAAUAUGUAAUUUGAACACUAAAGAAAUUUUUUGGU